CAGACAACACAUACAACAGGCAGCAGUAUUCUUUCAUGUAGCCUAUGUUACAAUCUUUUUUCCCCCCAUGGCUGAUUCUGCCUACGGAAACUGGGAAAGCUGAUGGACUGACCACAUGAUUGGCUGAGAACUCCAUCAAAGAGAAGCCCCAUGCGCUCAACAAAGAACACAAUUCAGCUGAUUUCUGUGGAGAGCUGCCACCAGCAGUGGGAACGGAGGCAAGUGUAUGGGAUCAUUUACAAAAGUAAAUCUAGACACAAUGCCUUACACAGGGGGCAGGCUGAAUUUUCUCCAUUGUACAGUCUUUUGAGAUGGAGAGGGGACAAGUACACUCCUGAUUGCAAGACAUUAGAAGUGGACUUCUCACAGCCAAGUCUUCAGAGAUCAGCUAAAUGGAAUGCACAGUAGAUGACUGCUGAUCUAUUUUUGGAAGGAAGAAAGAAUUUGGAUUUGACCGCAUGUUCUGCGAAAGGAUGGACAAAGCUCAGAAAGAUACAAGACAGCUCUGAAGGAUUUUUUUUUUUUGAUAUUCUAGAUGGUUUAGGAUUGACAUUUUCUGUUGCUCUGAUUGUCUUUAGUGAGCUGUUGUGCUAUUUAACAGUGAUGUCAUCAUUCCAAGGCUGUCUGUUAUCACCAAAGUUUUACAGCUAGUGUAAAAAUCAAUCAAUGGGUGUGUUGUUAUGUUGAUCUGAUUUCUGUGUUGGGUAUUAAGCAGGAGCACUGGUGCCGCUGUUUGAAUGACUCGUGUAAUAAAACUACUGUGGAAAAAUAGCAGUAGAAUCAGGACAGCCUGGACUUUAUCCUCAAGCUGGACAACUUGAUGACCAGGUAAACACUAACCUCUGUCCCAAAGCACAGCCUAAUAUCUAUAAGGUGGAGUUAAAAUAAAUUAUGAGAAAGUGGAGUGUUAUCAGCAGUAUUAUCCUGGACUACACCUUUACUUGGGUUCAACCUUAGCAGUACUGUCAUAUGCAGAUAGUGUUUCAGUAACACCCAGCUUAUCCACACAGUAACCUCCACAUGGAUAACGGAAAUAAUUCAUUGGGAAACAGCUCUGAUCCAGAGGUGAGUGAUGUGGAGCGAGUGCUGGUCCCAAUAUUUGACACCUUAAUCUUGGUGACAGGGGUAGUGGGGCACUGCCUUGUCAUCGUUAUCCUGGUUCGAAUAAUGCAGGGGGGCCGUGGACAGAGCAGUGGGGGGACGAUAGGAACACAACACAGGAGUGCUAACGGGACAGACAUUCUCCUCCUGUCUCUGAGCGUGGCGGAUCUCCUUCUCUUGGUGUGCCUACCCUUCCACACGUACGCGAUCGCGACCCGGCACUGGUCUUUCGGGAAUUUCAUGUGCAAGAUUGUCAGCUUCCUCGGGGCUGUGUCUACAUCAGCUAGCGCCUUUACGUUAGCCACCCUGGCUUUUAUGAGGUACAUUACAGUGGUUCAUCCCACCAAAGCCUAUCGUUGGCGCAGAGACAGUUUGCGUUUGAAAGUGGCCACGGGGGUACUAUGGAUCCCAGCUGUUAUCUUGGCAGUUCCCCAAUUGGUCUGGCGCACUGUGAGGUCAGGGUCGGAGACCUACAAAACCCAACAGGACCUGGCCUGUUUCAACUUCCUCUCAGAGACGGACCUGCUGGCGUCUGGAAUCUGUCACUUCCUCCUUGCCUUCGUCUUGCCACUUGGUAUCAUUGUGGUUGCUUAUGGGAAGAUAUACUGCUUUCUCAGAAAGACCAGACAGGGUAGUACUAGCCAGAUUGCCCAUCUGGAGCAGUACCAGAGACAGGUUACUCAGACAUCUGCUCUGUUGGUGCUGGCGUUUGCUCUGUGCUGGCUGCCUUCUUAUGGUCUAAUGUUUGCACAAAUACAGGACGAAUGGACGGUGACUGGCCCCUCGCCCCGCUUUGGGCCUUUCGCCACUUUUGCUCGAAUCAUGGCAACCUCGUCCACUGUGGUCAAUCCAAUCCUCUACGUCUUCAUGUCACAGAAGUUCAGGAAGGAACUAAUUGAGCUGGGCCAAGGGGUAUGUAAAAAACCCUCUCUCUGUGAACACUGCCAAUGUAUAAGGAGUCAGAAUCAAAGGACACAAUAGGAUCUUAUUGUAAUGGCUUGUUUUGUUUUACAAAUAUAUGGGAUAUUCAGUUAACUGAGUUAUAUGUACAUGGAUAUAAACACUCUUCAUUAAUGCCUUUUAUGUACAGACAGAAUCCAAGAUGAUCUGUCAAAAGCUCCUCACAGCAAAGUUUACCUCUCUUGAAUAAAAUGUUUUUUCCA